CCUUGGUUGCAAGUUGUGUUUUUCCAGACUCGUAUAUCACCACAAUCCAGUAACUGUCGAUCCAAUAUGAGUCUAUCCUCGGUGGCAAGCAGCAUUCAGCAUGGCAACAAGGCAGCUCGCUGUGGACUGAGCCUUAACAAUAAACUAGUGCAGGCCUUGAUCCUCCUGGUGGCCUGCGUCCUCUUUGGGGCCAACAUGAACUACGCCUCCUUUCCACCUGGCACUGUCAUCGAUAUCAAGCUGGGUGAUGUCGCCCUCGAGCAGUUCAGCUAUACGCCAACCCGCGAUGGAUACGAGUUCAACUACACUCUUCCUGAUGGAACUUUUCGUGAUGAGGUUGGCAAGGUCCUGAGUGGAACUUCAGCUGCACAGGAUCUGGAGAAUGCCAACAACUUGGCCAAGAACCACCGUCCUUCCCGUCAACAGGGCCUUAAGGUUCGCAAGUUGUCCGGAAAAUCCCUUGCAUCUCUGGCCGGAUAAGACACCUCAGAAAAUAUUAUUAUUUACCAUCCAGCACGAAUUUAUUUAAACAGUUUGCAUUGCCGACUGACUGUUUUAGGCUAGGUUAUAAGUUGAGAUGUUACAUUUGUUAGCAAUAAAAACAAUCGAUCAAAAA